CGUCCAUAAUCAAUGACCAAACGCAGCAGCCAAUCACUGCGGCCCAUGCUAAUAAAGGAGGCUCUCUAAGCCUCCAGGACCUUCCUUAUGAAUCGGCGCUUUGCACACUGACCGGAUUUCAGCGGCACACAGGGCAGAAGGAAGCUGCUGAUCUCUGUCAACCCUAAAACUUUCUUUCUCCCCACCGCCUCCAGUUUUGAGCCAGACCUGUUCCAGCCGCUGACCCCGAGAGGAAUACGCGGUGAUCUCGGUGAUUUUGGAAGAAGAUUCUCUGGUUGUUAAUUGUUUAUUUUUAUUUUUUAUUUUUAUUUUCCACCCAUUUUUUGUUUUUGUUUGUUUUUCAUUUAAGUCGGGGGGGAAAAAAAUUGGGACUGAAAUGUCUGGAGCUUUGGAUCAGACUCGGAGGUUCUGUGUGUUGUCGUGGGAUCAGGUGCAGCGUUUGGACUCGAUCCUUGGGGAGGCUGUCCCCAUCCACGGCCGAGGAAACUUCCCCACUCUGUCCGUGCAACCCCGUCAGAUCGUCCAGGUGGUGCGAGCGAGGCUCGAGGAGAGAGGAGUGUGUGUGAAGGACGUGAGGUUGAACGGCUCAGCGGCCAGCCACGUGCUCCAUCAGGAAAACGGCCUUGGCUACAAGGACCUCGACCUGAUCUUCGGGGUGUCGCUAAAGGAUGACCAGGCCUUCCGGCUGGUGAAAGACGUCGUCCUGGACUGCCUGUUGGACUUCUUACCGGUCGGGGUCUCUAAAGAGCGCAUCACGGCGUUGACCCUCAAGGAGGUUUAUGUGCAAAAACUGGUAAAAGUCUGCAACGACACAGACCGCUGGAGCCUUAUCUCGCUGUCCAACAACACGGGCAAGAACGUGGAGCUUAAGUUUGUGGACUCUUUGAGGCGGCAGUUUGAAUUCAGCGUGGACUCCUUCCAGAUUUGUCUGGACUCUCUGCUUCUGUUUGACCGGUGCUCGGAGACCCCCAUGUCGGAGAGCUUUCACCCCACCGUGAUCGGGGAGAGCGUGUACGGCGACUUCCAGGAAGCUAUGGACCAUCUGUGUCAGAGGACCAUAGCGACGCGAAGCCCCGAGGAAAUCAGGGGCGGUGGCUUGCUGAAGUACUGCCACCUGCUGGUGAGGGGCUUCACGCCCUCCUCCGAAGCAGACAUGAAGCAGAUGCAGCGCUACAUGUGCUCCCGCUUUUUUAUUGACUUUCCCGACAUAGGCGAGCAGCAGAGGAAGCUGGAGGCCUACCUGCAGAACCACUUCGCCGGCAUGGAGCACAAACGCUACGAGUGCCUGAUGACUCUGCACCACGUUGUGAACGAGAGCACAGUGUGUCUAAUGAGCCACGAGCGGCGUCAGACGCUCAGCCUCAUCUCCAUGCUGGCGCUGAAGGUCCUCGCCGAACAGAACGCCAUCCCGACUGUGACAAACGUCACGUGUUACUACCAGCCGGCACCUUACGUGCAGGACAUCAACUUCAGCAAUUAUUACAUUGCACAUGUGCAAGCGCCGCAGAUCACGCACUGCAGUAAUUCGUAUCAGACAUGGCUGCCCUGUAGCUGAGCCCCUUUGUCUCUAUCAUCACCGCGUCAAAGGCGUCAAAGGAACAGGGAAACGAAAUCUUGGUUUGCCAAAUGUGACUUGAUUCAAACAAUCCUGUACUGCUGGAUGUCUGAUUGAGCUGACAAAUAAUUUCUCCUCACGUUUUUUUCUUUUGUCUGUUUUUGUUUUUUCAGAUGCAAAAACAUCUGUAAGAUUGCUGGUCAUUUCUGAGAUGUAGCUUUAAUAUCAUAUUUAAAUAUACAAAGAAAACAAGUCUUUAUAUGCUUCAGAAAUACGUGUUUUGAUGGAAUGAAACAUUGAUGCUGAUGUUAUUUUCUUACAUUUUUGAAAAAAAAAAAAGAAAGAAAAAAAGCAAUUACUUACUGGACCAAAGAUGUAUUUUUUUGUUCUGAAUUAAGCGAUGCUUUAAUUCCUAGUGCCUAAAAAGAACCACAAAAUGUUUGAAAACAUUUGUAAAGUGACAACUGUGAAUUCAGUGUUUUCUAGAUUCUGUCUCUUUUCAGAAACAUAAGCAUUAAUUUUUGUGAGAAUAAAAAAAAGGAAAACCCAAA